AUGGAGCCAGGGGAACUGGGGGCCAUGUUGGAGGCAGGAGUUGUUGGGCAGAGGCUCUGUGCCUGUCCGUGGUUGGCUCUGACGAUGCAGCUCUUCAUGCUGGUCCUGCUUCCCGUGGCCUUUCUCCUGCCCCCUGGGGCUCAGACUGGUGAGAUCAUCGGGGGACAGGAAGCCCAGCCCCACUGCAGACCCUACAUGGCCUAUCUGGAUAUACGAGAUGGAGAUGAGAAGUCUCGCUGUGGAGGGUUCUUGGUGUUGGAGAACUUUGUGCUGACGGCUGCUCACAGCAAUGCCGAAGAGAUCACUGUGUCCCUGGGAGCCCAUAAUAUAAAACAAAGACUGGACAUGAAACGACAAAAGAUCCGUGUGUGUGGAAAGAUCCCGCACCCAAAAUACAACAAGGAGACCCUAAACAAUGACAUCAUGCUCUGCAAGCUGGCCAAGAAAGUGAAGCUCAAUACAAGGGUGGGUACCAUCGCCCUGCCCCGCGACAAGGAGAUUGUAAAGCCAGGGACUUUGUGCAGCGUUGCCGGCUGGGGCAGGACUAGCCCAGAGAGUGAAUCGACCCCGACCAAGCUCCAGGAGGUGGAUGUGGUGGUGAUGAAGUAUGCCAAGUGUCUGAGGAAAC